AAGUAACAUAUUAUUGUCUUACCAUUUUCUUUUAUAGUCGCAACUAUUAUCAUAGCUUACGAUACUUCUAAAUAUGGCUGAAAAAUUCAGUUUCAACACUCAAAUCUUUGGUAGAGUCCGCCUCGCUACGAAAUCGGACGUGCCACAUCUCCACAAACUCAUGUAUCAAAUGGCAAAUUAUCACAAUUACACUAAAGUUUUUAAUGCCACGGAAGCUUCCGUUACUACCAAUCUUUUCAAAUCCGAUAAUCCAUGCCCUCCUUUCUACUCCGUUACCACGUUCAUUCUUGAAGUCUCACCUGACUCUUUUCCUCAAAAUACCCCUAAAAAUUCCAUUUUCGACCCGAUUUUGAAAACUGUUGAUCUUGAUUCACCUAUAUUAGACUCAGAACUAAAACUGUUUAGAAUAAACAACAACAUAUUCAAUACAGUCUCACAAGUGGAUAAACCCUUAUCUUGUGAAGGUAGAGAAGUUGCUUCUAAUAGACCCUCGACUCAAGAACUGUUCAGAACAAACAACAACAUAUCCAAUACAGUCUCACAAGUGGAUAAACCCUUAUCUUGUGAAGGUAGAGAAGUUGCUUCUGAUAGACUCUCGACUCAAGAACUGUUCAGAAGUACUAGUAAUGAAGAUAAUAACGUCUUCAUAGCUGGCUAUGUUCUUUUUUACCCUUGCUAUUCGGGUUACUUUGAAAAGCCUGGUUUUUUUAUUGAGAACAUGUUUGUUAGGGAGUGUUAUAGAAAGUGUGGAUUUGGGAAAAUGUUGUUUUCUGCUGUGGCAUCUCAGGCAAAUAAAAUGGGGUUUACUAAAGUUGAUUGGCUUACUGUUGGAUGGAAUGAAAAUGCAAUUGAUUUUUAUCUUGGAAUGGGGGCUUAUAUUAUGCAAGAUGUCAAACUCUUUAGGCUUUCUGGUGAAGGACUUGAUGCAUUUGAUACAAAUGAUCAAGAUGGUGGUGACAAGGUUUGAGUAGGGGGUCUAUCGAAACAGUCUCUACCUCAUAGAGAAAAAAUUUGCGCACAUUCAUUUUCUCUAUGCUCUAAUUAUGAAAUCACACGAGAUAUGUUAUUGUUAAUGGAGAUGAUGACAAGUUUAGAGAGAACAAUUAUAAGUACAUAAAAAAAUCUUUGUCAGCGGAAUUCUCCCUUCUAUCCAUCAACUAUUUCAUUAUAAAACUUUCUCCCCGAGCUGCGGCACUAACAAGUCUAUUAGAAAGUCUAAUUAAUUAGCCAUUUUUACAUGAAUUUUCAAGUGGAUGAAAUAGGUCGAGUGGUCUCAGUUGGGGAUGGGUAUGAAAGAGUCCACCGCCUGCCUUAGUAGUCUCAAAUAAGGUGUGCAUGCCUGCUUUCUAAGUGGAUUGGUUCGAAUUUUUCAUUUAUC